UGAGGGGCCGCCAGGGGCCGGAGGGGAGCGGCGGCCGCGCCGCACCCGGGUCCCCCCCGCAGGCAGAGGGGGAGCGGCGGGAGCGCGGCCGGCAUGAGCCAGGCGCCGAGGAAGCUGCCGGAGGAGGAGGAGGAGGAGGAGGAGGAAGAAGGGGACGAGGAGGAGGAGGAAGAGGAGGAGGAGGAGAUCGCGGGCUUGGCCGGCUACGCCGACGGGGCCGGCUCGUUCUCGGACGGGGACGCGGAGAGCGGCGGCGAUGAGGCGUUUUUGGAUUUCAACGAUCCCUUCAGUACCGAAGUUAAGCCAAGGAUCCUGCUCAUGGGCUUGAGAAGAAGUGGGAAGUCUUCCAUUCAGAAAGUUGUCUUUCACAAAAUGUCACCGAAUGAGACCCUCUUCCUGGAGAGCACAAACAAGAUCUGCAGAGAGGACGUGUCCAACAGCUCCUUCGUCAACUUUCAGAUAUGGGAUUUUCCUGGGCAAAUUGACUUCUUUGACCCUACGUUUGACUAUGAGAUGAUUUUCAGAGGCACUGGAGCACUGAUAUUUGUUAUUGACUCUCAGGAUGAUUACAUGGAAGCAUUAGCUCGGCUGCAUCUUACUGUGACCAGAGCCUAUAAAGUGAAUCCAGACAUCAACUUUGAAAUCUUUAUCCAUAAAGUGGAUGGUUUAUCUGAUGAUCACAAGAUUGAAACGCAAAGAGAUAUUCACCAGAGGGCAAAUGAUGACCUUGCAGAUGCUGGAUUGGAGAAAAUUCACCUCAGCUUUUAUCUGACAAGCAUAUAUGAUCAUUCUAUAUUUGAAGCAUUUAGCAAAGUGGUACAGAAACUGAUUCCACAGCUCCCAACACUGGAAAAUCUGCUUAACAUCUUUAUUUCAAAUUCUGGGAUCGAAAAAGCAUUUCUAUUUGAUGUAGUCAGUAAGAUCUACAUUGCAACGGAUAGCACUCCAGUGGAUAUGCAAACUUACGAGCUCUGCUGUGAUAUGAUAGAUGUUGUGAUUGACAUUUCGUGUAUAUACGGGCUUAAAGAUGAUGGCAGUGGAACUCCUUAUGACAAAGAAUCAAUGGCAAUCAUAAAACUGAACAAUACAACUGUCCUUUAUUUAAAAGAGGUGACAAAAUUCCUUGCUCUUGUUUGCUUCGUCAGAGAAGAAAGCUUUGAGAGAAAAGGAUUAAUAGACUACAAUUUCCAUUGUUUUCGGAAAGCCAUACAAGAAGUAUUUGAAGUGAGAAUGAAAGUAGUAAGAUCUCGAAAACAUCAAAGCCACAUGCAAAAAAACAAGAGACCCACUCCCAAUGGGACACCAAGAAUGCCACUGUAACUGAGGUUUUGUAGACUGUGGCAAGCAAAACUUUCAUGAAGUUGAUGUGACUUCUGCAUCUCAUUGCACUGCGUGGAGAGGAAAACCAGUGGGACUGAUGUAUUAUAUGAAUUUUCCCUGAAUGUUCAGAAAGCACUGUUUAAAUAUUUUUAUCCAAUCAGUUUUUUUAAUAUAGUGAGCACUUUGAGCAAAAUGUUGUAUAUAUAAGCAUUGAGGUGAACACUUGUAAGAAUUUUCUUAAUAUAUGCUGUAAACCUUUUUCAUGCCAUAUUAAGAAAAAACAGCUGUGACAGAAAUACUGGGUACAUAAUUUGCACUUUUUCAUGUUUUCCUUGUGGAGUUGGACUUUGAUAAACUUAGUUUUUAUGGUGAUUUUGAUGCAUGGUGUCAGGUAAAAUGUAUGCUGUAGUUUAUUUACCUGCUACAAUCAAAUUGGUUAGUAAACAAUUAAGAAAACUUGGUACAAGGCCUUUUAAAAUUUGUGACAGCUAAUACCUAACAUUCAUACAGAUCUAACUUCAUAUAUUUUUUGAUUUAUAAUCUGAAGAAUAAUUUUGAAGUAUUACAGCAAUAAGUACCUUACCAGGGAUCAUAACUGGUAGGUAAAUAUUAGCUUUUAUAAAACAGGUUUCUGGCCAAAUUUCAUCUAGAGUUCUCCAUAACACUGGUAAUGCCCUCUGGGUCUAUUUAUAUUAUUUACCUCAGCACAUUUACCAGUUAAAUACCUUUCUAUAAAGACAACUGUUUUGUAAAAUGGCUCUAUGUUGCACUGGUAUUUUUAUAAGGCUUCGGAGGAGGGUGGUGUAUCUGAAAGGUCGAAUUUACAUUACUAAAUUUGUUUUGAGAGCCUGCACAUCUGCAGCUGGUGCAGUGAAGAAUCUGUGCAUAUUUCCUUUCCACCCUGCUAUUCAGUUCCUAGUUGGAAGAAGAGCUCUUUUUUUUUCCCCCAGUCCCACUGCAAACCAAUUGCACAUGUGUUCCAGAGGUGUUGCUCUUGGGAGUGGGAAGAGCCUGACUUGCAUGGAGGGCAGCUUGCAGCACACCAAAAACGGGUAAGGGGAGCUAUGCUUUACUCAGUCCUACAAUAAUCUGCCCCUAGCUGAUAGUUUGGGAGACAGAAUUUGAAAGUUUUGGCUUAGCUAAGGCAGGGUAUAGUGCUGCGUGUCUAGCAAGCAAAGAGCUCCCAGUGUUUGCUGGCUUUUGUUGAGAAAGGAAGGGUUUAACCUGCGGUAAGCAAGGCUAAAUUUAGUGGUGGUUUGAAUGCAAAUGCAAAGUUUCUGUAUGCUAUAUAUGACACAUGGAUAGACCUUGAGGCUCUAAUACUGCGCUGAAUAUAGGAACUAGGAGGGCUCUUUGGCACUGAAUGCAAUGGCUCUCUGCACAAACACCUGCCAAAAGAAAAAAACAGUAGUUUCCAAGCCCUUUACUGCUGCCUGGUACACGUGACUUGCUUAUCUUUCUGGAACAAGUUGGCCAUUUUGGCAUGAGGCUAUUGAGUAUACGUGGAGUUCUUGGCAAUAGCUGUUAGUCAAUAGAGGGAUCUAGGCUGCAUAAUGUACCAUUUGAUCAGGAACGCAGUUCUGAGUGCUGAGGAAGGUGAGAAGUGUUGAGAGUAGUCAGAAGUAUUGGUCCUGGUGGCAGCGUGAAGAAUAAUGACUGUAGCUGUAAUGAAAGCAGAACACUUCAAAAAUACAGAGUUCGGUUUUGGUCCUGUCACCACCUGUUGUCGUAGGUGAGUGUGGCUUCUCUGACCGUGCCCCUAAGUUAAAGUAAAGUUCUUUUCAGAGCUCACCCCAGAAAUGGUGGGUAAGAGCUGCCUUUUCACAACUCUCCGGUCCCCAGGACUUCUGUUGACGGACAGAAUUUUCCACCACACGUUUGUCUUUCGUUUUUCUGAGACCCACCAUUGUGACCCAAUCUCUGUUUUUCUCCCUUCCCUCCAUUCAGGUUUAUGUGAGAUGAAGAACAGCUACCAGCGUGCAUCAUUUGUUGGACGAGACAUUUAAAAAGUGUCUUACACUGGCUGUGGUAUGAAUGCUACCUAAAGAAUGGAGUUUUCUCAUGUUUGCCCUGAGAUCUAUAUAGUCAUGCAUACCCGUGUACUUAGAGAGACUAUCAACUUAAUUAAGCCUUUCAUUUACCAUUAAGUUCCCUUAAGAAUUUGACAUUGACUACGUUGUAUAAUUUAGUGGAGGUGGCUUUAGCUAAUACAAAUCUUCUAAUUGGAUAUUGUCAGAGUAAGAAUGAUUUUCUUCAGAUUUGUGUUUCAAACAUGUUCAAUUAUGAAGUUGAAAGAAUGUGAAAAAACAUUAAUUUUACUCUAACUUUGGUGUUUUUCAGUUUAGGCAAUGACUCGUGUGUUUCACUUUUGAGUAAUUUUCUGUUUAGUGACUCAGAUUUUCAUGUACUAGUUGAAGUGAUUGAGCACUGAGGCAUGCAAGGGUUUGUUUUGUUUGUCUUUUAAAGAACUUUUUUCUCAUUUUCUUUCUCAUUUUCUCAUUCUCUUCCUCUUUCUUUCUAAAUUUUAUUGAGGUUUUAGUUUUAAAGGGAUGAAAUACCCCAUGUGCUUUAAGAGCUAAUUCUGACAAAUCAAUGUAGAGAGACCUUUUUGUUUUUUUGAUUAGAAUUCAUGCAAGAAGUAAAGAGUUCCUGAGUAGUGUGAUACUUCCAAAAUGUGUGAGCUGUGAGUCUCCGUUUUUGAGUGUCAUCUGAGUUGCCUAAACACGGGGAGGCAUUACUAACCUAGCCAUGUUUCUUUGAAACACUUUUUUAGAAUAAACCCAAACCAAUUUAGUAUCUCACAAACACUUUGAAGUCAGGAGCUGGAUAACUCUAAAACAUUGAUUCAAACAACUUGUGGUUGAGGAUGUCUCUAAGUAAUUCUAUAGGUAGCAGCCCUGAGUAGUUAAUGACAUGGGUUCUCUGAAGAGUUAAAAUGCAUCCCAGAACGUGCAGUGGGAAGUGGUUAUUUAAAAUGCUGCAGUACUGAAGCAUCUUUUUAAAAUUCUGUGGACAUGAACAUACUGUGCAUUAGCAUGGAAGUGUAAUCAACAGGAGAAAACUACUCUGAUAAAGCAGAAUUCAAGUGCAUCAUUUGAGAUCUCAUGUUUUGUGCUGGAACUUUUUUUUUCCUCAUUAAAACUAAAAUUCUGUGUUUUCUUGCGUGUGAAACUGCA